AUGCAGGCGUGCGAGCGGUGCUACUCGCGGAAAACCAAAUGUGACCGCCACCUGCCUCGUUGCAGUCCAUGCAAAAAAGCCCAGGUCAUGUGCCAGUAUCCCAAUAAGCGUCGAGAUCGACAAAUGCAAAAGGAAUAUGUGAAGUCACUCGAGCAGCGAUUGUCCGAGGUGGAGAAUGAGAACGAGCAACUCAGAGAGCACGCAUCUGCCCAGGCUCGAUCGGCUCAGCCAGACAACGCUAUCCAGUCACAUCAAUCCUCCCCUGACUCUCUUCAACCAGACAACCGACGUCGUUCAGUCGGAUCCCAUUCUCUCGAUGCGCUGCAUUCGCCGCCUCGGCCAGCGGGCUCUCUUCACCGAACGCCAGGCGAAGAAGCUCGCUACUUAGGCUCCAGUAAUGGAGUCGAUUUUGUUCAAGUCGUUGAACGUGUUGUUGAUUCUUCCCAUUCAACGAGUGGUCUGUUUGGGAGAGUGGCCAGUGGUCGUCGCGUGUCUGAAAGAGUGACCUUGCCUUCAAUUCCUCAGUCUGUCGUGCUGGUGAACCGGGAAGUUGCAAUGCCCUUGAUCAACUCCUACUUUAGCCAUUGGCACUUGGCUUUCCCACUGCUUUAUCGUCCCGCGUUUAUGCAAAUGGUAGACCUUAUUUAUGCCGACCCACAGCUCUAUCGACAGAAUUGCGCCUAUGCAUUCGCCUUUGAUAUUGUUUUGGCUUUGGGAUCUGUGCCAUCAAAUCGAGUUCAAUUUGGAAAUGGUGAUGCCGAAUCCCAUUUUUUCCGAGCUUUGACCCAUUUGGAUGAGGUCUCAAGCUUUCACGACAUACGAUCCCUACAAGCGCUGUUGCUGUAUUGUAAGUAUGGUAUUCAUGCUAGUCUGCGUGAUACUUCCAGUGAAUUAUGGGGUGUUUUAGGGAAAGCAACUCAAUUAUGUGUACAAAUUGGCUUACACCACAACACUUCGACCGUUCUUCCAAAUUGCAACAUGCAUGUCUCUGGGCAGAUACCCGUCUCGGUACAAGUGGAGAUGCAGCGCCGAUGCUUUUGGUACAGAAUUGUAAAUAUCUCCUUGGGACGGCCUCUGGCUCUUCAUGACGAUGACAUUGAUGUACCACUACCGUCUUCAGCCGAUGACGAUGAACUCGGUCAGACGUCGCCUGACACAACACAAAGAAUAACGCCUUUCUUGCAACACAUCCAUCUGCGCAGAAUUCAAUCUAAGAUCCACCGUCUCAUGUAUACCAGU